AUGCUAGAAAUGAGCUCCCCUAACCUAAAUGCGUCUGCGGCCAUGUCAAGGCAUUCCACUAGGCUUAUGGAACCCGCCUUGCGAAAAGACCUAAAAAUCGUAUCACUGUUACAAAUAAAUGUCUCGAGGCAGGCUAGCUCUUGCAGUAACUAUCCUAGUCUGUCAAAAGUUGCCAGAAUAGAGUUACGAGCACAAUCCAUACGUGCGGCUUCCACCUCUCAAGAGAUCCAGUCAAAUUCAAGUUCUCGAAGAGAGUAUCCGAAACCACUUCCUCCAAACUACAAAUCAACACUCAGGAGAGUCACUACGGCUAUAGUAGCUCUUCCGAUCGCAAUAGUCACCAGCUGGGUCUUGUAUCAGAGAUUGGUACUAGGAAAGGAAAGAAAAGUGCUAGUAUCCAAGGAACCUCCGAGCACAGAUAAUGACAAAUAA